AUGGAUGAAACUUUGAUUGCAACCAUUAACAAAUUACAAGAUGCUUUGGCACCAUUGGGAGGAGGGUCAUCUUCCCCAGUUGAUUUACCACAAAUUACCGUAGUUGGUUCUCAAUCAAGUGGUAAAUCUUCAGUUUUGGAAAAUAUCGUUGGUAGAGAUUUUUUACCUAGAGGUACUGGUAUUGUCACUAGAAGACCAUUGGUUUUACAAUUAAUUAAUAGAAGACCACCACCAGAUUCUAAAAAGAAUGAUUUAAUUGAUGUUAAUUCAUCGGAAUCUACUGGAGGACAAAGUGAAAAUAAUGCCGAAGAAUGGGGUGAAUUUUUACAUUUACCUGGGAAAAAAUUCUACAAUUUUGAAGAUAUUAGAAAUGAAAUUGUUAGGGAAACUGAUGCUAAAACUGGUAAAAAUUUGGGUAUUUCUCCAGUUCCUAUCAAUUUAAGAAUUUAUUCACCUCAUGUUUUAACUUUAACUUUGGUUGAUUUACCUGGUUUAACUAAAGUGCCAGUUGGUGAUCAACCAAAAGAUAUUGAAAGACAAAUCAAAGAUAUGAUUAUGAAAUUUAUUUCCAAACCAAAUGCUAUUAUUUUAUCUGUCAAUGCUGCCAAUACUGAUUUGGCCAAUUCAGAUGGUUUGAAAUUAGCUAGAGAAGUUGACCCUGAAGGUGCCAGAACUAUUGGUGUUUUAACUAAAGUUGAUUUAAUGGAUCAAGGUACUGACGUUAUUGAUAUCUUGGCCGGUAGAGUUAUUCCAUUACGUUUUGGUUAUGUUCCAGUUAUCAACAGAGGUCAAAAAGAUAUUGAAGCCAAAAAGACUAUUAGAGACGCUUUAAAGGAUGAAAGGGCAUUUUUUGAAAAUCAUCCAUCUUAUAGAGCUAAAGCCCAGUUUUGUGGUACUCCAUACUUGGCUAAGAAAUUGAAUGGUAUUUUAUUACACCAUAUUAAAGGAACUUUACCAGAUAUUAAAAUGAGAAUAGAACAUUCAUUGAAAAAAUACAGUCAAGAAUUAGCAUUACUUGGACCUGAAAUGGCGGAAUCUCCAGCUUCGAUUGCUUUGAGUAUGAUUACCAAUUUCACUAAAGAUUAUACUGGAAUUUUGGAUGGUGAAUCGAAUGAAUUGAGUUCUCAAGAAUUAAGUGGUGGUGCUCGUAUUUCAUUUGUUUUCCAUGAAAUUUACAAGAAUGGUAUCAAUGCCAUUGAUCCAUUUGAUCAAAUUAAAGAUGGUGAUAUUAGAACUAUUAUGCACAAUACUUCAGGUUCUGCACCUUCAUUAUUUGUUGGUACUCAAGCUUUUGAAGUUUUAGUUAAACAACAAAUUAAAAGAAUGGAAGAACCUUCUACUAGAUGUAUCAAUUUGAUUUUUGACGAAUUGGUGAGAAUUUUGUCCCAAAUUAUCAGUCAACCACAAUAUUCAAGAUAUCCUGCUUUGAAGGAACAAUUGUCACAAUAUUUUAUUCAAUAUUUAAGAGAAGCUUUAAUUCCAACUAAUGAAUUUGUUAAUGAUUUGAUUCAAGCUGAAGAAACUUAUGUUAACACUGCUCAUCCAGAUUUGUUAAAAGGUUCACAGGCCAUGGCUAUAGUUGAAGAAAAAUUCCAUCCAAAACCACAAGUUGCUGUUGAUCCAAAGACCGGUAAACCAUUACCACCAAGUCAACAACCACAGCAACAAAAUCCAAAUUCACCAAAAGUUGAAGAUGGCACUGCCAAUGGAUUUUUUGGUGGAUUUUUCUCUAGUAAGAACAAAAAGAGAUUACAACAAAUGGAAGCACCACCUCCAGUAUUAAGAGCCACUGGGACUAUGAGUGAAAGAGAAACCAUGGAAACAGAAGUUAUCAAAUUGUUGAUUUCUUCUUAUUAUAAUAUUGUUAAACGUACUGUUUCGGACAUUGUGCCAAAAGCUAUUAUGUUGAAAUUGAUCAAUAAAUCCAAAGAUGAAAUUCAAAAGACAUUAUUAGAGAAGAUGUACAGUAGUCCAGAUUUGGAGGAUUUGGUUAAAGAAAAUGAAGUUACAGUUCAAAAGAGAAAAGAAUGUAUUAGAAUGGUUGAAGUGUUGAAGAAUGCUAGUGAAAUUGUUUCCAGUGUUUAG